ACCGGAAGUAGAAAGUCCAAAGACAACCCCUCUCUUCCUUCCCGUCUCUAUCCACUCCCCCUUUCUUUUCUAUAGUUUUCGCGAAGGGAUUCACGCGGAUUCAAAAACCUCUUCCUCGCACCGAGGUGUAUGCUUCGAAACCCUAGCUCCUCUCCCUUUGGAUCUCGAUCUCGAUCUCGAUCUCGGAUUUCGGCUCUUGGAGUGCCGGCGAUUCUCAAAGUUGGGGCGAGCUCUGCUUGUGGAUCCGCUGAUUGGUGCUUCGACAUUGCUCCGGCUGCGGUAAAGGGUUGGAGAUGGAAGAUAGCGGCUUAAAUGGAAAGUUAUUGAGGCAGAUGCCCGUACGGACAUCUGGAAACUUGAAGUCCACUCUUUCUGGGAGAUCUAGUAGUCGAUUCUCUCCUUCGUACCGGAGGCUGAAUUCUAGCAGGACGCCACGGAGGGAAUCCAAAGGUGUAUUUGGCAGGUUGCAAUGGCUUCGAAGCAACCGUGUGGUUUUGUGGCUGAGUCUUAUCGCCUUAUGGGCCUACGUGGGCUUUCAUGUGCAAUCAAAAUGGGCUCACAGUGACCACAGGAAGGCGGAGUUUGUAGGUUACAAGAGUGAGACUGGUAGUGCUAAGUUAGAGGAAGAUAAGAUAAUUGGUACAGCUUCAUUCAGUGCGAAUGCUACUAUCUCUUCUGCAACGAAGGAACCUGUCAUUGCAGAUGGGAAAAAAGACGCCGAUUCAAGUAACUUCGGUGUUAGUUUGGGGAAGCAAGAUGGACAGGGUCCAGCCCGUCAAAAUGCACCUAAGAAGAAACGCAAAACAUCAGAACGCAGAAGAAAGGCGCCAGGGAAAGCGAAAAAAGUUGUUACUGAGAAUAUAACCAGUGAGACGGAAGAUGGAAUGGUACCCAAACGGAAUACUUCGUAUGGUUUAAUCGUGGGCCCAUUUGAUAAGACGGAGGAUGCUAUAUUAGGUUGGAAUGCCAACAAGAGGAAAGGUACCUGCAACAGAAAAGGAGAAUUUGCCCGAAUUGUUUGGUCUCGAUCGUUUGUGUUGGUUUUUCACGAACUUUCAAUGACCGGAGCACCUCUUUCAAUGAUGGAAUUGGCAACGGAGAUUUUGAGUUGUGGAGGAACUGUUUCUGCAGUGGUUCUUAGCAGGAAGGGUGGGUUAAUGGAAGAGCUUGAUAAUAGAGGAAUCAAAGUGCUUAGAGACAGGGCUGAUUUUAGCUUUAAGACUGCCAUGAAAGCUGACCUAGUUAUAGCAGGAUCAGCUGUCUGCUCAUCCUGGCUUGAGCAAUAUCUACUGCAUUUCCCAUCUGCAUCAAAUCGAAUACUUUGGUGGAUCAUGGAGAAUCGACAAGAAUACUUUGACAGAUCAAAGCAUCUGCUUAACCGUGUGAAGAUGCUUGCUUUCUUAUCCGCGUCUCAAUCUAAACAGUGGCUAUCCUGGUGCGACGAGGAACAUAUUCGGUUGAGCUCGCAGCCUAUGAUAGUGCCUCUUUCCGUGAACGAUGAACUGGCCUUUGUAGCAGGCAUUCCAUGUUCCUUGAAUACUCCAGCAUUCAGUGUUGAGAAGAUGCUGGAGAAGAGGAAUCUUCUAAGAAAGGCAGUUAGGAAAGAGAUGGGUUUAGCUGAUAACAACGUACUCAUAAUGACUUUGAGUAGCAUAAAUGCUGGGAAAGGCCAGCGUCUACUUCUUGAAUCGGCUCUUUUGGUGGCUGAACAUAAUGUUUCUCUGAAAGAAAUUAAGUACGAUGAUUUGCUUGAAGAGAAAAAGUUGACCCAGGUUACUUCUGUGAACCAAACAACCACAGAACCAGAGUUAAACAAACAAGGAAAUGAUGUCGACCAAAGUAACAGUACUAAUGUGACUCCUAAAAAGAAGAAAAGAAAACAUUCAAAGUUAGUUAAUACUCUUUCCUUGCGCAACCACACUAGGGAGAAUGUGGCACAGGGAGCUCAUAGAAACUUAUUGUCUGAAAGGGAAGAUGGGCAAGAGCAAACUCUUAAAGUCCUUAUUGGUUCUGUUGGAUCAAAGAGCAAUAAAGUUCCUUACGUCAAACUAAUUUUGCGUUUUAUAUCUCGACAUCCAAGCUUGUCGAAGCUAGUUUUGUGGACUCGAUCAACUACACAUGUUGCCCCACUUUAUGCUGCAGCUGAUGUAUAUGUAAUAAAUGCGCAGGGUAUUGGAGAAACUUUUGGGAGGGUGACCAUCGAAGCUAUGGCAUUUGGCCUUCCGGUGCUAGGAACAGACGCAGGAGGCACUAUGGAGAUUGUAGAAGACAAAGUAACGGGCCUUCUUCACCCCAUUGGGCGUGAAGGAAUUCCGGUGCUCGCUGAAAACAUGCUCUACCUGGUCAGUAACCCUUCCGCGAGGGAGAAGAUGGGAGCAAGGGGGAGGCAAUUGGUACAGGACAAGUACUUGAAGCAUCACAUGUAUGAGAAAUUCGCCCAGGUCCUGGUGAAGUGCGUGAAGAUCAAUUAGCUGCUGCAUUCGUUCUUUCCAUUCAUUCGUUUUUUUGGUUUUCUCCUUUCACCUGAUCUUGUAUGAGGUGGUUGGUGAGCUUUUAAGCUGCUCCCCUAUAUGUUUUUUUUUUUCCCCGGUGGUUCGCCAUUCGUCACCAAUUGGAGGUGCUAGGCUGAUGCUAGUUUCCGAUAUUCAUCAUUGAGGAAUUUGUAUCAAAAUCUUGUUGGAAUGUUCCACGCAGAUUAGUCGGUGGCUACAUGCAGGAGAUUUGGUCUCCGCAAAACAAAAUAUGCACAAUUCGUUGUAGCAUAAACUUAGCUGAUCAUUGCCAGGGUAUCGGGACCAACCUGGUGAGAUCGAGUGCUCUGCAUGCAUAUGUAAGGUAAAUCCCUGUCUGAAUACUUCGCUAGUAAAAUGGUUUGGUCUCCA